UAAAUCCUCUCUUGAUAUCAUUUUGUUCAGUAUUGGCUGUCGAAAGAAGCGACACAAAUGUGUGUCAGUCACUUAAAAACGCAAGUGAUGCUUGUUUGAAGCUAUUUCCCCAUCAAGAAGCAACAUGUGUGUGUGUGUGUGUGUGUGUGAAGCAACAUGCGUGUGUGUUGGGGGGUUGUUUAUUUGAAAAGGGCUCCAUUGAACAUUGACUCUUUGGCAGUCGAUGGACUUUGCUUUGACUCGGGAGAACCUACAGUAACGCCUCUCAUGUGUCAUAAAGAAGCCGGACGGCCAGAAAAUAUAUAAAUACAGAGCAAAAACACCAAGACGUCCUUCUGUGCCGUGUGGACACCUUUUAUGGAUUAUUAUCCAGUCCUGCCUGGUGACACCCAAGGGUCCAAAUCACAAAGCAUUGAUUUGCCGUUCAGAUUUAGGAGAAGAUGGUGGGUCUCAAACCCUCAGACGUCCCACCUCCUUUGGGUGUGAAGAUGGCGAGCGCUGGAGCGGCGGCUUGCAUUGCCGACAUCGUCACGUUCCCGCUGGACACGGCCAAAGUCAGACUGCAGAUUCAAGGCGAGAAGGCAGUGGAGGCAGCCAAGAACAUCCGCUACAGAGGCGUGUUUGGCACCAUCAGCACCAUGAUCCGCACCGAGGGGCCCAGGUCGCUGUACAACGGCCUGGUGGCGGGUCUGCAGAGGCAAGUGUGCUUCGCAUCCGUUCGGAUCGGCCUCUACGACAACGUCAAGGACUUCUACACCGGAGGAGCCCACAAUCCAGGAGUGUUGGUGCGUAUCCUGGCCGGCUGCACGACGGGCGCCAUGGCAGUGUCGUUCGCUCAGCCCACAGACGUGGUGAAGGUGAGGUUCCAAGCUCAGAUGAACCUGGACGGCGUGGCUCGGCGCUACAGCGGCACCAUGCAGGCCUACAAACACAUCUUCCACAACGAGGGCCUGCGCGGACUCUGGAAAGGAACGCUGCCCAACAUCACGAGGAACGCACUGGUCAACUGCACAGAGCUGGUGACCUAUGACCUCAUCAAAGAGGCCAUCCUGCGACACAAGCUCAUGUCAGACAAUCUUCCGUGUCACUUCGUGUCCGCCUUCGGAGCCGGCUUUGUUACCACGGUGAUCGCCUCCCCGGUGGACGUGGUGAAGACCAGGUACAUGAACUCGCCGCCGGGUCAGUACAGGAGCGCUGUCAACUGCGCCUGGACCAUGUUGACCAAAGAGGGGCCCACAGCUUUCUACAAGGGCUUUGUGCCAUCCUUCCUGAGGCUGGGCUCGUGGAACAUCGUGAUGUUCGUCUCCUUUGAGCAAAUAAAGCGAGGCAUGAUGGUCACCAAGAAGAGGUUUGAGGCUGCUAACUGAGCCUAAUGGUGGAGGGAACGCACUGAGCGCUAUAUUAGGUACACCUGCAGGGGCGGAGGAGCCAUUUUUUUUUGCUAUUUUAGCUAUUAAGUCCUCUUAAAUACAUACAGUAUGAGGCCAUCCCACAGCACUGUGUGACUGUAAUAGCUUUUGACUGACAUGAAUUUAACAUGGUCAUUAUUGUGGCUGUAUUUAGCAUAUGCAUAAACAAGGUUGUUUUUUUUUUUUACUGACUAAUGUUCAAUUGUGCAGGUGUGCCUAAUGUUAAGUGUAAAGAAGCCCACCUGGAAAACUGCACUUUAACAAGACAAACUGCCCAAAGUUCACUCUUAAAGCAGCUGAAGUACUCAUGGUGCCCUAUGGUGUAAUGUACUACAUGUUUAUAUGCAUCCUAAAUAUAUCAAUGUAUAUAUUUAACCUGUUUCA